AUGAUACAGCCAGGCGAUGGUCCCUCUUCCGGUCAAGUGAGAUAUAAAAAUGUCAAUUCCGAAGAGAUCGCUAAGAGAGCCAGAGUGACGAUAGAGAAGGUAUCACCCGAACAGCUACCCCUCUACGCUCCUCGUCUAUCAGCGAUCGUCCACUCCCACAUGCUCCUCGACAUGUCCACAUUCUUCACAUUCCCUUACACCCUCUCUGACUCACUUCACCUCUUCAACAAUAUCGCCUCUCAACUAGUCUCUCCCUCUGCCAAGCCAUCAUUCCCACCGCCAUUAGGGGGGAUCGUCAUGUUCGUAGCGAAAUCAUACCCAUCCGAACAACCCUUAGAAUCAAUGGAUAUGGAAGGGAACCCAACAUCAUACCCAGAAAUAGUGGGCAGUGUCCAACUCGGAUUUGCAUCCAUGCCUAAUGGGGCGUUCAGAAGUGAGGUGAAGAAGAUGUUGGUUGAUACGCGUUAUGGAGGUAGGGGGGUUGGUAAAGCUUUAUUGAGGGGUUUGGAAGAAGAGGCGAGGAAGUGGGGAAGUACAACUUGUAUGCUAGACACCGAGCAAAACUCCUUCGGAGAGAAACUGUAUAGAUCGUGCGGAUGGACUGAACUAGGCGUAUUACCUAGAUUUCAUUGGCCGCCUGAUAAGUCCGAACAACGGUCAACGGUGUUCUUCUACAAGCAUCUGGAUGUUGAUGAGGACGAAACAAACGGUCAAAUCGAAAAGAGACAGAUUUCAGAUGGGAAGUCUGAUUGA